AUGGCGCUCAUCUCCUGCCUCGCCGUCUUCCUCUUCUUCUACAACAAGAAGAGGAGCAACGACGGGUACCCCAGCGGGACGCUCUACGCCUCCGUCAACCCCGAGUACUUCAGCGCCUCGGACAUGUACAUCCCCGAUGAGUGGGAGGUGUCGCGGGAGAAGAUCACGGUGAUCCGGGAGCUGGGGCAGGGCUCCUUCGGGAUGGUGUACGAGGGGCUGGCGCUGGGGCUGGUGGCCGACGGCCAGGAGACCAGGGUGGCCCUGAAAACCGUCAACGAGCUGGCCACCGUGCGCGAGCGCAUCGAGUUCCUCAACGAGGCCUCCGUCAUGAAAGCCUUCAAGUGCCACCAUGUG